UUCCAAUAUGUGGUUGUGUUCAACUCUUGAUUCAUAAAAGGAGUUUCAUGGUUGUUUGUAAUCUUUUGAAGAGUAAAAUGACAACUGAAACUGCUUUGAGGCUUCUUAUAAAACGCCUCUUUCUGUAUUUGAUGGAUUAGAGAAUUUUAAUCAUCUUCAAACGUUUUUGACAUCUCUCAAACCAUAAGCAGACAGUACACACUCGGGUAAGAAUUUUGUCAUACGUGUUCAAUACCAACCUAUUAAUCUAGAAUUUGCAUCUCAAUUACGAUUAUAUAUAUAUAUAUAUAUAUAUAUAUAUAUAUAUAUAUAUUAUUAAAAGUGAUGUUUAUUAAUGGGAAAAAGGGGGGGGGGGGAAGAGAUACAAAAGAGGGAGGACUAGACCAAAGCCCCCAAAAAGGAAAUAAUACUAUCCAAAACAGGUGGAUAGCAAAGAAAUUGAAAAGAUAAUUUAAGAGGACUAGGAUGGGUUGUGGUUGCCACGUCUUCCGCGUCUUCCACGCCCCCUCCCGCGAGUAUUUUGGCCACGCCCCGCAUAUGGAACGCGACCACUGCGCGUCUGGAUCGUCAUGUCAGGAGGUUCUCCUUUAUGGCGGAUUUUAAUGGUUGGAGUUUCAGGAUCGCUUUCUUCAUGAGUUUCAUUUUCAUCAUGGUCUUGAAGGACUUCGACUUCGAAAAGAUUGGCAUCGUCAAGUUUUGGACCUAUACCUUGUAUUGAUUGAAAUGGAGUUUUUGGUUGCAUGAAGUUGAGUUGUUGGUGCCCUCGUUUCAGUUCUGCAAUUUGCUCCGUGAAGCUCAAUUUUUGGAAUUCUUGUAACGAAGAGCUGCUUCGUUCUUCAGUGACCUUGAUAUACCUGCAAUAAGACCUAGGCUCAAAAGAAAUGUUAGUAUUCCCCUCCUGGCUGUGGGGUGAAACCGGUUCUGCCUCGGAGAGAGCAUCCUUACCAGCCUCGUCAUCUUUUCCAGCAUGAACUUUGGUGUGGGUAGAUGGAUCAGAUAAAGCAUCAUCAUUUCCAAUGAGAGGGACCGUAGUGUCUGAUGGAGUGCCAUCCGAGGACUCACGGUGAGUCUCGUGUGCUCUCAUAUUUUCAUCGGUAUGGUUUGGGUCAUAACCAUCAUUUUGAGAUUGGGGGAGGAUCUGGGGUGACAAAUCUUGUUCAUCGGGGUAGGAGGGUCCUUCUUUCGUGAAUUCAAGCUCACAUGGACCAGUCAAUAAUGGGCUGUCUUUGGUAUCUUGGUGUUGAGCACAUUCCAAGUAGGAGGCAUCCAAAUUAGCAUCUGUUGGGAGGGACAAAGGAGUACUAUCCAAACCUGUGAGGGGAGGGCCAUUUAAAGUCAAGUUGGCAUCAGUUGUAGGGGCCAAAGCAGUACUGUCCAAACGUGGUGGAGGACCAUUCUUGCUCAUUGUAGGGCAUGGCCCUAUGUCCUUUGUUGUGACGUACUGGUGACCAGUUUCAAAGCUACCAAAGGUAAUGGGGGUAGUAGAGGUUGGCACAGCUGCGCUGCUAGGAAAACAGACCGGUUGGCCAGGGGCCACAGCCUUGCCUCUUGGCUUGGUUUUCCUAACCCAGCGAGAGUUUCUGGUGCCUGAUUUGCAGGACUUGUGACCCAAUUGAUGGCAGGAGUUACAAUAGGAUGGCAGAUUUUCAAAAAGAAGGGGUUGAAGGUAGGAUGAGCUACCUAAGUGUAUCCAAAUAGCCUUGGGAAGUUCCUUUGAAAGUCAUGCAUAGUCAAUCAAAUGAGAGAUGGGUUUUGGGGAAAGAUGCAGGAGCACGACGAAAAGAUUUAAGUCAGCAUAAAGGAGAAAAUAAAGAUGGAGUAGAAUCAUCGUCACAUGUAAUAAUGUCACAAUCUACAUCAACAAAAAGAACCCCAUUAGCGGAUGUGACAAAUGAGUUAGAACGACAUCAAAUGCAAACAACGGUGAGGAGUAGUUCAAGAAAACUACACUGUAAUGAUGUAAUAAUUUCGGCAGAACUUUAAACGCAUAGGAGACAAAGAUUCAAUGAUUUAUCAUCUAUUAAACGUGCCAUUAAUUUCAGUGAAGAUUUCAAGGCACAAUAUUCAUCUGAUCAAAUACAUGCUGUAGAAUCGUCCAUUCUGAUUCCCGAAGCUCAAGAUCCAAAAAUAAAAGUUAUGCAGAGUCAAAGCAAGAAACAAGCAAUGGGUUAUGGCAAAAAAAUGCAAGAGCACGACGAAAAAAUUUCUAGCAAUGAAAUUUGAACCCCGUUGAGGAACUAAAAAGGAGACUCCAAACUACAAGAAUGUGACAUUUGGGAGAGCUGAAGCUUGACAUGUGGCAAGGUUAAUGUGUCAAUUUUUUAGACAACUAGUAUUUCGACCCGUGCCACGCACGGGGUGGAACAAAAAUUUUUGUCGAUU